UUAAAAUUUGCUUUUUGUAACAACCAAUUUCAAUCCAGUGGUUAAAAAGCCAUAUUAUUAUUGACGAUCAUCUCCUACACCAUUUUUUUGUUCGAUUAUUCGGCUAGCUUCUUACGUUGAAGUAUUAGUCACCCAGAACCCAGAAGAUAUAAAAUGCCGAUGAUACGGGUUCAAGCCAUCACUCUUCCAGUUGUAUCAAUCCAGAGUAAACAUGAAAUCAAUCAUCUGUGUUGUUCUCGUUGCCGGUCUUGUUGGAGUUAAGGCUCUAAGCGAGGAGCAACUGAAGAAAGUUGAUGCGUUCGGCACCACGUGCUUGGAAAAAUUCAACGGUUUAACGAAAGAGGAAGUGCUGAAGCUGCGUGCCGGGGAGUUCUCCAACGCUAAUCAGGAUUUGAAAUGCUUCACUAAAUGUUUCCUGGAGGAGGCUGGUUUCAUGAGCACCGAUGGAAAGUUGUUGGCUGAUAAGGCCAUUGCGCGAUUGUCUGAGGAUAGCGAUCCAGCCAAGGUGGAACCGCUGGUGAAGCAUUGCAGUGUGCAAAAUGAUGACCCAUGUGAAACCGCCUUCCGUGCCAUCGAGUGCUUCUACAACGGAAAAGCUUCUCUAUUAUAAAUGUGAUGUGAUUGUGGAAUGACUCUGAUCAAUAAAGUAUAUUCACCUUUUUAAAAG